AUGGAAAGAGAAAGUAGUUCAAAUAAUGAGCCCCAGGUGGAGGCCAAUUUAACGAUUGAAGGUGCAUCGAGUAGUGACUUCAAUCAAACGUGGGACGAAUACCAAGAAUGGAGGAGGCAAGAUAAUACAUAUUUGGAUCACAUGGCCAUUCUAUUGGCUGCCGUAGAAGAGGAGGAAUCUAUAGGGCAAGUGGUUGAGCGAAUGCCGCAGCAUAACAUUGGCUUAUGCGGACGAGAGUAUAUAGUCGCAAUCCUUAAUGGACAUCCCAAGAAUUGUAGAAAUAUGUUCCGGAUGGAAGUUUAUGCAUUUCAAGCGUUAUGCAAUACAUUACGCACGGAUUCCAUUCUGGAAUCGACAAGAGAGGUUUCCGUAGAGGAAGCUUUUGCAAUGUUUGCAUUUACCGUCGGACAUGGGACAGUUCAGAGAGUCAUAGGUGACCGGUUUCAACAUUCAAGUGAAACCGUUAAUCAACAUGUCAGCGCAGUGAUGCGAGCACUAUGUCGCCUUACACCCCAGGUGAUUGCACCUACACAUGCUGCUGGGGUGGCGCCUUAUAUUGAAGGCAAUCUCAGACAUUAUCCAUGGUUUGAGAAAUGUUAUGGAGCAAUUGACGGGACUUAUAUCGACGCAUGGGCACCCGCCGAAGCAACUAAUGCUUAUAUAUCUCGGCAUCACCGAGUUAGCCAAAAUGUGCUGGCGGCCUGUAAUUUUGAUAUGAGAUUCACGUUCAUAUAUGCUGGGUGGGAGGGCAGUGCCCAUGAUGCGCGCAUAUUUAUGGAUGCAUUGACUCGUCCAGGGAUCAAUUUUCCAUGGCCUCCUGAGGGUUAUUAUUACUUAGUAGAUUCUGCCUAUCCAUGUACUCAGGGAUUUUUGCCCCCAUAUCCUAGGGUGCGAUAUCACAGGUCUGAACGUCACGACAACCGUUCAUUUCAUGGAUAUCAGGAUUAUUUCAAUUACCGGCAUUCUUCCCUCCGGAAUGUUAUUGAGCGGAGUUUCGGCCAGACAAAUGUAGAUAACCCGAAUCAUAUAUUGCAUACUUCUGACAUGUCAUCUGGGGAGGCACAAGUCAUGGCUGCAACCGGGGAAUCUAUCCCACAACUUAUGUGGGCACAUAGGAGUGCAAAUUGA